GUCAGCAAUGUUUUGACAAAUAUAAGUGAAAUAAAUAUCAAAAAUUAUUAAAAAAAAAAAUAUUAAAAGAUAAAUUUCCAGUACAAUCAUAAAAUUUUUAAUACAAAAAAAUGCGAAAAGCACUCAAAUUAAAGCCAAAAAAAAUAGAUAAAGCCAUACACAAAACUUUCAAAUUCGGUGUGAAUAAGAGACUUAAAGGCGAAUAUGACUAUCCACGACCGAAAAAGUCAAGGUUUUCACUAGACGCACACAGUCAUAGAUCAGUCGGGAGUGAACUCUCAAGGUCAACGCCAAGUUACGAUUACCUCAAUGGUAGAGCCAUACAACCAUCGACAAGCAGGAAAUCACAAUUUGUCACAAAGUUUGCUGAUCUAGAAAGUACAGCUCCAGGGUCGGUUACAUUCUACACCCCACAGCCUUCUAUCACGUAUCAAAGUACCGGGAGAGAUAGUUUCAGUCCAAUGCAACGAACAGACAUAGAUUUCGGAAAAAGUCUUUCGACAGUCAAUCAAUUGAAUAAUGAAUUGAACUCAUUAGAGAAAGUUAUUGGAGCCUACAGAAAUGUUGGGCGAACUUGCUGUGGAAGGUUCCGUGCAGGCGGGUAUGACGGAGAUGAUAAAGAUGGUAAAUGGUUAAAUGAAGAGCCUGACCUGGUAGACCAACGAUCACUCGACUAUAUGAGUGAAGAAGUCGUUCAAGUUGUAGAAGAACUAGUUGAACAAACCUGCACAUUAAGAAAACGUCUUCGUGAGAUGCUAGCUCAAUACCAAACGAGGCUUUGCCAAUGUGCGGGCAAACAGUGGGAAUGCUGUGAGCAAGAAGGCCCAUAUUGUGGCUAUGCGACCGGUAGUGCAUACCAACCUGACUCAGAAAGCAACAGAAGUCGCAGUCGUCGGAUUCUUAGAGAUUCAUCAGGAUAUGAAUCGACAGCAGAUAGAAGAGAAAUGUUCAUGGAGCGAACGACUACAGAAGUUCCAGCUCCAUAUACUGCACCAGCGACAUACAAUACGCAAAUGGCAUACAAUACGCAAACGGCAUAUAAUCCAGCAGCGGCAUAUUGUACGUGCCGGUCAUCUUGUCUCUGUGAUCAACGCAGAACAACGCACCACGAACCUGAAAUAUGUACUGGGGGUGUGGAAUGUCCAUGUUCGGCUCAAAGAAGGGAACCUAUUCGUCAGGGAAGUCAACGUAUGGUUGAAUCGGGAUAUAGGUCAGCACCAGAGAUGAUGCAAACUUAUAGGGUAAAAGCCGGUGGACCCACAUGCUGCGAAGCUGAAGAAGAACUAAAGAGAAAACUUAACGAUGCACAGAAUGAAAUCGCCGACUUGAAAGCCGUAGUUAAAUCAUUCGUAAACUGUCAAUGUGUAAAACAUGUCGCCUCUCACACGAAAUCAAAAAUAUCUGAAAAAUCAGCUACUCGUCUCAGAUCUGGAGGUGGGGACGUAAAUCCUAAGAAUCCUGAAGAUAGCCCUCCAAAAUCAAACAAUGGUUCCGAAAGUGAUGUUGUAACUGAACUUCAGAAAUCUGAAACAAAGGCGGAGAAAUCGAAUAGCUUGAAACUCAGUGAAACAAAGAUUGGUCCAUCUGUCCGCGAAGUAAACACAAUAAAGCAAAAUGACGUAGUAUAUUCCCCAGAGGGCCGAGUCAUAAAAACUGUCGAAAAAGUACAAAGGACAGAAAUUGUUGAAGGAAAAAAUAAACCAGACAAUGACACAUCAACUGACAUUACCACCAAUGAAACCGAGGCUAAAUCAAAAGCGCCAGCAAACAAGAAAAUGAAUGACAAGCAGAGUCACAGAAACAAAAUGAAAACAAAUGAUUCUCCAAACAUUGCCCAUAAAAAGAUAGCAUCGAAAAAGAGCACUGAAGCGCUCAUAACGUCUACCCAAAGCAGCAAUAUUUCAUUGGGAAAAAGUCCCAGUGAUAUGAACUUGGCACGAUCAAUCCGAUAUAGAAAUGAGUCUAAAACCAAAUUCCACGAUGGCAAGGAAAAACACUCCCAUAGGCGAUCACGUACCAGAACCCGGAAAAGUUCCAAAAGGCGAAAAAGUUAUAUAAUCGACAGCACGCCCAGCUCCGAAGACACGCAGGCGCGAUCGCGUCAUGGCAAAAGACUAACGUCAAAUGAUAAUAAUUACAACAACGAAGAAUACAUCAUCCGCGAAUACAUCUAUCCGAAAGGUGGUCGCAAACAGAAAUCGCCAGCCCCAAGGAAGCUGCCGAGCCCUACAUAUAUCUCAGAAACGCCAGUUUGCAAUGGGAGAAACAACUGCCAUAAAGUAUCCCUAGUCGGCUGCAAAUUCACUGAUCGGCUGCAUUCACCUGCCGAUGCUUUGAAUUUAGGUGGGAAGGCCGACUCCUAUUUCAUUGAGGUGCUGCCAAAGAAGUCGCACAGCUUUAACGGCAUAGCUUCACCGUCUUACCACCAGCACCACCAUAACGUAUACAAUCACCACCCACAAAGGCGUCCAUCCAAUUACAACGUCAUCGACGCGCACAAACAUAACCCAAUUAUGUACCCUAGCCCGAAUGAUAGACACCAGCCUGACCUAAGGGCCUACCAACACAAGCCACCUCCUGAGCGCAACACCAACCUCUACCAACCAACCAAUCGAAUUUUUCAGACCUACUCAUAUCAACCAACAAACAUUGACAUCGGUACUAACUUCGCAAAAUCAACAAGCAUUGCCACAAAGGACACCGCUGCCAGUAAGGAACCUCUGGAUUUGACUGUACAAAGUGUGAAUAUUGAUCAGAUUCCCCAAAUAAUUAGACAAUUGGGUGGAAAACGCACCGCAAAAGAAUUCUUCAUAUCCGUAUUGCCCGGCAAGAAGCUAUCUAAGAAUUUAAGGGUGAAUGUGAUUGACAAGGAGUCGGGUAACCUGCUGGGAUACUUUUUUGUGGAAGAGAAUGAUUUCCACAAAGCCCGAGCCAGUGGAAUAUUUGAUAAUUAUUUGUCAUUAUUUGUUUUGAAUUCGUUGGCGUCAUUUACAGAUUUUAGAAAUGGUGUGAACCCGAAAGUUUUGAACGACUAUAAUUGUUUUGGACCAACUGUUACUCAUUAAGUGGAAAAUUAUUCAAGUUUAUCAAUGUUUUCAUAUUGUAUGUAUUGUCGUAAUGGAAAACUACAAGGAAACAAUGUUUUUCAUUAAAAACAAAAAAAUGGAGAUUACAAAGUUAUUACAAACAAAUAAAAUAACACUUAUCU